AUGUUACCGACCCCUUAUGUUAAAUGUGAUUACCAUAAAGUAUAUGAGCCUGCUGAAGAUAGCUUCCUUAUACUGGAUUGUUUAGAAAAAGAACAUGAAUUUCUGAAACAAAGAUUCAGUAAUAGUUUGGCCAUUGUUUGUGAAAUUGGUUCCGGUUCAGGUAUCGUUACAACAUUUUUAAUGCAAAAUAAAAUAAUACCGCAAGAAAACUCCAUCCACUUAGCUGUAGAUAUCAACCCAUGGGCGCUCGAAGCAACUUUGGAUACGGCGAAGUUAAAUUCAUGUAAGAAUAAUUUUUUAGAGGUGAUCCAAACUGAUUUGAAUUCUAGCAUUCGAAAUAAUCAAGUUGAUGUCCUAAUAUUUAAUCCGCCAUAUGUGCCAGCAGAAUCUGUGCCCGAUGUCCCAGAAUCAAGAGAGGAGGCGGACCAAUGGCUAGAUUUAGCAUUAUUAGGCGGAAAAGAUGGUAUGGCGAUUACUGAUAAACUGUUACAACAACUAGAACAAAUUCUUUCCCCAGAUGGUGUUGCUUAUAUAUUAUUUUGUGCGAGAAAUAAGCCUAAAGAAGUCAUUCAAACGUUUCUCAAUUCUUACAGGUGGAAUGUUAAACUUGUUGAAACGAGAAAGGCGGGCUGGGAAGUCCUCAGUGUCUACAGCUUCACAAGGCGAUAG